AUGACCAAACAACACAAAGAUAAUUGGAAAUGUGAUGAAUGCAAAAAUAAAAUGCCUAAAAAAGAUAACAGCAAAACUCCCGUAAAACCAGAGAUCUCCAACGUCAACACUCGAAGGCGCAUGAGCGCAGGACCACCACCGGCUGCUUCACCAUCAAGCCCUCCCCUACUACGUGCGGCAGAGGGCGCCACAGACAUCUCGACGCCUACAUCGGCGGCUGCUGAACUCGCCACUGAAAUCAGACUGCUGCGGGAGGAGAUGAGAGCGGUUCGUGAGGAGAUGCAGGAGUUCCGGGGCACCUUAAACAGCCUCACCACUGCCGUCGAAGUAUGCAAUAGGCGGAUCGACGGGCUAGAGGCACGGAUGGAUGCUGUCGAAAAACAGAGCGGGGACACCACCAACUCUCCUGCUACCGCGGCCCUAGAGCGCACAGUUGCAGAACUGAAACUGGACUUGAACGAUCGUGACCAGGAACUUCUAUGUAACGACAUAGAAAUUUCAGGAAUACCUGAGGAAAAGAAUGAGCGUUGCUCUCACAUCGUACUCACGGUCGCUCAAAAACUAGGAGUUAAACUGGAAGAACAGGACCUUGUGAGUGUGCAGCGAGCUGGGCCCGUGCGGCACGCGGCGGCGGGAGACGCGCCGCCCCGCCCGCGCCCCCUGGUGGCGCGACUGGCGCGGCGCGCCCCGCGCGACCAGCUGCUCGCGGCGGCACGGGUGCGGCGCGACGCGACUACUGCAGGCUUAGGUUUAAAUUCAGUUGCUAGGCCUUUUUAUGUUAAUGAACGCUUAACUCCUACAAAUCGCAAUCUUUUUUACAAGGCUCGUGUGGAGGCAACCCGUGCUAAGUGGAGGUAUGUGUGGACCCGGGAAGGCAAAUUAUACGCUCGCAAAGACCAUGGCGCGCCACGGCAUCGACUGCGCUCGGAAGUCGACAUUGACAAAGUUUUUGGCUAA